AUGAUAGUAGUAGCUCAGAUCUCGACGGAUUUAGACCAUCGCCCAGAAGCUUCACUUUCAGUGACUUCGACACGUCUCAGAGAAACACUCACUCGAGGUCCAAUCAGUCGGUCGCAGAGCUCAACUUCUGUUUAUAAAACGCCGACCUCCCACACAGACCUUCCGCUUGCGGGUCAUCACCGCCAUCUAAGCAGAGCAGAACAGCUAGCCUUGGCGAGGUGUCUGAGGGAAAGUGUUAUCCUGGAUGCCGCAGACGAGGCCAUUUAUAAAAUCGGUCGUCGUUCGGAUCGACGCCCACCGCAACCACCCAGUAAUUACGUGCCAACUUUGAAUUCAUCCAAGCCCAGCACGAGAAUCGAAUCGGGCAGGAUGGCGGACCAUACCAGCGCCCCUAAACAAGGACUUCAACGCGGCGACAGCUUCUAUGACAGUUUCCGAUGGUUAGAGGGUGACGACGACUUGGAUUUAAGUUUGCAAUUGGACGACUACCACGCCAACCUGAAGGAGAGCUUACCACGUCGUUCGACGGAGCAUCGCCCCUCCUUCCGCCGUCACCUUUCAAUAAACAAGAUUCCGUUUGGUCGGUCUUCAAUCUCAACCAGUCGCCCAGGGACUAAUAGCGGAACGCACACGCCAGCAUCGCCAUCAACAAGUUCACCGACCUCUCAGCCUCCCUUUCCCGUUCGUCGCAGAUCCCGAACACUGUCCCUCAUAAACCCGCGACCUGUAUUUGAGGAAUCAAUUCCAACUUUUGAUCCAGACGCAGCGCACUACCAAGAUCCAGAGGCCCGAGCAAAACUGCGCGUUUACCUUGCUUCGCCCCAAAAAUUCGAUGAAGCUGUUGAGUUUGGGUUUCCAUCAAAGAAUGCAAUUGCAAACCUACCAGACCAUGAGCGGCACGGAUCACGGGGCCAUUCCCGGGGAUUGCGCUCACAAGACUCAUCAAGACACAAGACCUUCUUCUCAGAUGAUCAAUCAUCCAUCUACAGUGAAGAGUCUUUACCAGACCCUGAAUCGCCCAGGACACCUAAUAGUCCAGACAAGGCUGAUAUACAAGAGGAGAACCCGACGGAUGCGAAGGAGCCUCCAUUCCGCCCACCGAUGGAUGGCUAUGCACAGAUCCCGGCGUCGUCGAGGGAAAUGACGUUGCGUAUGACUCUGACGAGACCGGAUCUGCGAGCUGGCGAGGAGGAAAUUUACGGCUGGCAGAAGAGAUCUGCCCAGCAAAUGGCGAGAACGGCCCCUCGUCUUGAGGAUGCACCCCCAAAGAAAGCCUCGGCCGUCAACACGGGCAAAUCCAAGGAGAGCCUCGAGGCUUUCUUUGCUAGCCUAGAUGAGGAAGAAGAGGCGGCAGCGGCGUCAGCGGCAGCAGCUACUGCAUCUGCGGAUACUGGCGUGGUCAAACGAUUUUGGAACAAGAAAAAAGAUGCUGCCCCGUAG